GUCAGAAUGGCUACCGGAGCUCCCCCAGACUACUAUUCCAUCCUUGAGGUCUCUGAUACAGCCACUACUCAGCAGAUCCGCGAUGCCUACAAGCGCGCCGCCUUGAAGACGCACCCCGAUCGCGUCGCCAGCACCUCCCCAGACCGAGCCGAACGAACCCGCAAGUUUCAGCUCGUCAACGAUGCCUACUAUACUCUCUCCGAUAACACCCGUCGCCGCGAGUACGACGCCCAGCGCAAGCUCUUCAAUACGAGCACACCCGCCGACCCCUUCGAGGAGGACAUCCCCGAGGGUGAGGAGGGAGCGCCGCCCCAGAGCGCAUACUCAUGGGCAUGGAACUUCUUCACCAACCAGGCCGGCGGCGGGGCUGCCAACGCGCAGGACCGCGAGCAGACGGAGAAUGCCCAGUUCAGCGACGUGUUUGAGGAGAUGAUGCGGGAGGAGGGCAUGGCCGAGGGAGGGGAUAACCACCCCACGAGCAAGUUCUGGGGCAUGCUGGGCGGCGUGAGCGGCGGCGCCCUGGGCUUCAUCGUUGCCAACGUGCCGGGAAUGGUCGCUGGUGCCGUGGCGGGCAACAGGCUAGGGGCUAUUCGGGAUGCCAGGGGCAAGAGCGUAUAUGCCGUGUUCCAGGAACUUCCUCAGGAUGACAGGGCCAAGCUGUUGAGUCAGUUGGCCAUAAGAGUUUUCAGCCAUGCUGUUGGUAUUUGAGUUGGAGACUCUUGAAUAGUUUGUGGUAUGAUUGGGCGCUGGGAGUUUGUUAGUAUGGGCUAUUGAAGAACAGGUAUUCUCUUUUCUCUGGGUUAUGAGGGUUAAGUAACGAGGGCGGUUGAUCAGGCGCAUUGAUUCAAUAAACGAGCCUUAGUUAGGAACCUAGAAUUCAACAUCGUUUGGACAUUGAAUUUC